AAUCGUUACAUAUAACACCCCUGUCUAAACUCAACAAAUACGAAAUGUCAUUUUUUUGUACUUCUUUUUUCUCAAUUGUGAAACAAGGUGUAAUGUGUGAAAAAUAUAUACAUUUUAAUUGAAAAUUUACUAAAAACGCCUUAAAAAACUAACAAUUUGUUAAAUAAAAACAAAAAAGAAAAUACUAAAACAAAAUGCAGUAAUUAUAAAAAAGAAAUGUAAGGAAAUACAAACUGGGCGUAAUGGCUUUAAAAUACACUGCCACAGCUAAAUAGUGUUGAUGGAUGGCUUGUAGACUGACAAGAAAGUUGGACAGACGGAGCUGAAAAGAAACAAAUUGGUGGCAGACGAAAAAAAUAUAGCAACAAAUUGUAGGAAAACAGAAUAACAAAUUGAAAAAUAACAAGGAAUCAAUUGAUAAGACGACACAACAACAAAGGUAAACAAUUGAAAGCCGCCAGUAAACAAAAAGACGAAGAAGAAACAAAAACGAAAAACUCAAUAAUUGCAAUAUAAUGUCUAACGAUGUGCACUUGGCCAAAGUGAGUAAGAUACAUCGCAGCAGUGACAUAGUGGCCAAGGGUGCCAUAAUGAACCAGCAACGAGGACGUUGUGCUGGUCUGCGUUUAGCAGGCAAGGGAGUUGAUCUAAUGGAUAAUAUGCGUCCCUGUGAUGAGGAGUAUUUGUUUGGCAGUAUUAGUCCCAGAGGUGGCAUUACACACUUGCCCGGUGAUUUGGAAUCACCGGAUCAUACACAACGUGAUACCACUGAAAGUGACAACAAUAUAAGUUCCUGUUCUACACUGGAUAUUGUCAAUAAAGUUGAUAAUCUUUCCUUGCAACAGUUGGAAACUAAAGUGCGAGAAUUGUCUCAACGUUUGCAGCAGGCUGAAGAACAACGUACUACUGUGCAGCAGCAAUUGGAAGAAUGCAAUGCGGAAAAGGAAAUUUGCUUGAGACGUUUGGAAAUCGUUAGUGCCGCCCAUGAGUGUCGUAUUACGGAAAUGCACUGUGUUAUAGCUGAAUUAAGUAAAAAACUACGCAAUAAACAGGAGACUACUAUUUUGGAAGAACAAGAACCCGAAGGAAGUGAAAUAAGUUACCAAGAAGGUUCUGUUUACAAUUCUGAACUAAACCUAACAAAUCCUGAUGCAGAAUGUCAAACAGAUCCUUUAGAAGAAGCUGACUACUCUCACAAUGAAGUGGAACAUAAUUUGUGCAGUGAAGUUACAGAGGAGCUAAAGAUAUGCGAUACCAAUUAUAAAGCACAAGUAGAAGCUUUACAAGAAGAAAUUCUCCACCUUAAGGCUCAAAUGGCAUUGCUGCAAUCGGAGAUAGCCAAUGCUAAUGGUCACAAUGGUGGCAUUAGUACAGCAGUAGAAGAACCAGGCAGUAUUGAACAUUAUGGUGCUGAUGUAGAGGCCACACAAAGCUUAGACUCUUUGGAGCCUUCGUUACAAUUAACGCACAAAGAUGUUGAUGAUGAGGUCUUGAACGAUUUAAAUAAUACCUCGACAUUAACUGCCGAAGACACCUACGUCACCAGUCCUCAUAAAAUACCAGCCAUACCCAAAAUGGCCGAGAGGGUAAGACUAAAAUGUGCCAGUAAAAUAGAGGGUGAUAAUAUAACAGCCAUGGAUUUAAGGAAUAAUGAGAUUAAAAAUGCCAAUAUAGUAGAACAUUUGGUAUCUGAUCUCAAGCAGAAUAAUAGCUCUCUUAUGGAAUCGUUUAUUGAACCCUCUCAGCUGGAUAAUGAACUGCAACGUUUACAGCGUAAAGUUGAGCAUUUAAAGGUGCAAAAUACGGUUUUGUCUUUGACCUUAGAUGAGGCCAAGGAACACUGUGAACAUUUGUAUUUAUUGUGUGGAAAAUAUGAAUCAAAUGCUAUAGCUUUGCAGGCAGCCUUAAAUUGUAGUGAUCGUGCCAUUGAGGCAUAUGAUGUUAUGUUGGCUUUAUUGGAAAGCAAAUUGGGUUUAAUUAAAGAAAAGUCCUCGGCAGCUGAAGAAAGUCGCAAAGCGGUUGAAUCGGUGGCCCGCCAUUUGCUAGAUCGUUUGGAAAGUGAGAAGAACACAUGUGAAAAUAGUUUAGGUCCUUGGCAAAAUAGUUUUAGCAUCCCCGAUAAAGUCACUCCCACACCAUGGACAUCGGAAGACGAUAAUCGUCUACGUUAUCAUGUGUCCAAACUUAAGGGCAGACGUUCCACUGUACAAAACACUAUUGUUAAUCUCGAAUCGCCUUUCAGUGAUUCCUAUGAAAAAUCACGUUUAUCACUGGAAAGCAAAAAGGAAUUGAGCGGUAAGGAAAAAGCUACUGCUCUCGAUUUAGAAAUGGCAGUGCUAAUGCAAGAAUUAUUAAACUUACGUGAAGAAAAUAUUGCACUUAAAGUAAAAGCUGAACAGGCGGAACGAGAAAAGCAAUACGCCAAUGAUCGUAUAGGCGUUCUGCAUGAAGCACUCAAACAACUACAGCAUCAAUUACAACUAAAUAAUGAAACUACAGAAUUAUUUCAUCAUCAGCAGCAACGACCCUUACAUAUAGUGGACCAACGUAAUUCAACCUAUUCGGAGGCAGAACAUGUAGCCCUGACCGAACAACAAUUGGUGGAGGCUUUAUCAAGAGAGUCCGAACUAAAGGGACGCAUACAAACGCUUAUAGCAUCGGUAACAGAGUCACAAAAAAUCUCAGAUGAAAAAUAUGAACAUUUACACAAUACUGUUAGGGAAUUACAGAAAACGAAUCUCCUUACCCAAAUCAUUGAGCAAAAUAAACGCAAAUAUCAAACUCGUAUACGUAAAUUGGAACAAAAAAUUAUGGAUAUCACUUUGGAAAUAGGUCGCCAACAGCAGCAUCAACAAUUGGAACAGGAAGUGGCCAAUAUUAAUAAAUACAAAUAUAAACAGUAUACACCUUCUGCUGCCUCCAUGCAACAACAAACUACAACACAUUUCAAUAGGCAUCAACAUCAUCACCACCAGCAGCAGCAGCAACAACAACAACAAUCACAUCAUGAUAAUGUACCCGAAACAACUUUGUAGUAAGAAAUUUAUUUCCUUAAGUUCAUAAAAGUUUCCAUAUUUUCGUUAUCUUUUUUUUCAAAUUUCAAAAAGAAAUUAAUACAAUUUCCAGAUACUAUUAAUAGUUUUCUAAUUGUAAAGAUUACAACAAUUUUUAAUCCUAUUGGAACAUUUUAAAAGUUGAUCAGCAAUUAUAUUGGAAAUUUUGUAGAAAACCUUACAAGAUCUGAUGUGUAUAAAUAUUGUAAUACUCUCUCUUGCAUAUCUUUAUACUUUUCACUUCUAUCCCUCUACUAUUAAUCUCUAUGUCUACAAAUUAUACACAAUAAUAAUUAUUAACAAAUGUAAUUUAUAUACUCGUUAAUAGCUUGUGUAUUUAACAAACUUUUAGUUUAGUUUUCUAAUUAGUCUAAAAAAAUGUUUAUUUUUUUUUUAAUUUCCUGCCAAUUUUUUAACUAAUAUAAUACUUUUAUACUAUUGUUUUGGCUUUUUUUAUAUUAAAAGUAAAAUUAAAACAAAAAUAUUUUAAAUACUUAUUAACACAGAUGUGCCAUUUGUUAAGCAUUAAAAAAGCUUUCUUUUUUGUAAAAAUAAAAAAAUAAAAAAUAUUAAACGAAUUAUUUUCGUUUAUCCUCUUUUUCAUAAUUGAUUAACAACAACAAAAAAACAAUUUAUUAUUAUUAUUCAAGUUUACUAUUCAUACACUUAUUAAAGAACAUUAAAUAAAAGAAUUAUAUAUUUAUAUAAUUAUUAUUAUUAAUUAAUAUAUUAUGAAAAUAUCAAUAGCAAUGUUAGCCCAUUUAGCAGAGUUGUUAAAAGAAACAGAAAAAAAUUAAAACAAAAUUAUUAUUAAUUUAAUGAUGGGGAAAAAAAGUGCAGCUUGUAUUUGCUUUUUUUGUAAAGAAAAA